CCGACGGUCGUGGGCCCGUACGAGGUCACGAGGAAGAUCGGCGAGGGCGGAUACGGCAAGAUAUUCCUCGCGCGGCGCCUCGCGCGGCGCGUCGGCCGCGCCAUCGACGACGACGAGGUCGUCCUCAAGCAAGUGAAGCUGCCGACGAAGAAGCUCGAGCGCGAGAUGUGCCUCCGCGAGGUGUCCAUCAUGAAGGGCGCGCACCACCCGUGCGUGCUCGAGUGCACGGAGUCCUUCGUCGACGGCGGGAGCGUGUACAUCGCGAUGCCGCACUGCACCGGCGGCGACCUCGCGAGCUUGCUGCGACGGCACAAGAAGCGAGGAAGGCGCGUCCCCGAGCGCGUCGUGCUGGACUGGUUCGCGCAGAUCAUCCUGGGCGUGGAGCACCUGCACUCGCACGACACGCUGCACCGGGACUUGAAGUCGCAGAACGUCUUCCUGCGCCGCGAUCAUCUUCCCGUCGCGGGGGGCGCGCACCGCGACGAGGGCGCACACGCGUCGCAUCAUCGCGGGCGGAGUCGCGUCGCGCUCGGGGAUUUCGGCAUCGCGAGAGAGCUCCGAUUCGACGACGGCGGCGGCGGCGCCGACGCCAUGGCGCGGACGUUCGUCGGCACCCCCGUGUUCAUGGCCCCCGAGAUGUUCAAGAGAAAGCCGUACGACCACAAGGCGGACGUGUGGGCGGCGGGGUGCGUGUUGUACGAGAUGAUGCAGCUCUCGGAGCCGUUCCGAGCGAGGACGAUGGGCGAGCUCACGCGACUGAAACCCAAGCCGCUUCCGUCGGAGUACGGCGCGGACCUGCGCGAUCUCUGCGCGCGCAUGCUCGCGAAGAACCCGGACGACCGGCCGACGGCGAGGGAGGUGAUA